AUGCAACUAAGCACCCCAGUCUGGAUGGCUAAUGGCACAGCAAUGAAUGAAAGUGACUACAAUCAGCCUUUAUACUGUGCCACAAUGUUCUAUACCCUGAAUAUUCUCAUUGUCAUCGUUGCCCUGGUUGGUGUGGCAGGAAAUGCGAUAGUGUUGUGGCUCCUGGGCUUCCGCUUGCACAUGGACGCCUUCUCUGUCUACAUCUUCAACCUGGCUGGGGCCGACUUCCUCUUCCUCUUCUUUCAGACUCUGUGUUCCCUGGACAAAAUCCUUAGUCAUUUUCAUAUAAAACAUAUUGGAGUGCCCAUGUAUUUGUUUGUGGUGUUCAAUUGUGCUUAUUUUGCAAGUCUAGGCAUGCUCAGUGCCAUUAGCAGUGAGCGCUGCCUGUCUGCCCUGUGGCCUAUAUGGUACCGCUGCAGAAGACCAAGACACACAUCAGCUGUCAUAUGUGCCUUGCUCUGGGCCUUGUCCCUGAUAUUGAGCCUCUUGGAAGGGAAGGCAUGUGGUACCUUCUUUGAUGACUCUGCUUUUGUUUCUGCUUCGUGUAAGAAAUUAUGUUACAUCAUUUUUGCUUGGUUAAUUGUUUUACUUGUGGUCCUCUCAGGGUCCAGCCUGGCCCUGAUGAUCAGGGUCUUCUGUGGCUCACACAGGAUUCUUGUGACCAGACUGUAUGUGACCGUUGCCCUCACAGUGAUGGCCUUCCUGCUCUUUGGCUUGUCCUAUGGGAUCUACUGGUUCCUCUUAGUUUGGGUCGAAGAGGAUCAUGGAGUUUUCCUUUGCCAUGCUUUUGAAAUGACAAUGUUCCUAUCCUGUGUUAACAGCUGUGCCAACCCCAUCAUUUACUUCCUUGUUGGCUCCAUUAGGCAUCAUCGAUUCCAGAGGCAGACUCUGAAGAUGCUUCUGCAGAGAGCCAUGCAGGACACUCCUGAGAAAGAAGGUGGAGAGAGGAGUUCUUCCGGACAGGAAACAGUCUAG